GCUAACGCACCGGAAGUUGACACCCUGGUGGUUGGGCCUGCGCAGUGCAUCACCGCGCGCGGGGCUCGCGGGUCUGGGAGCGCGGCGGAGACGAUGCCUGAGAUCAGAGUCACGCCCUUGGGAGCUGGCCAGGAUGUGGGCCGAAGUUGCAUCCUGGUCUCCAUUGCGGGCAAGAACGUCAUGCUGGACUGCGGAAUGCACAUGGGCUUCAAUGACGACCGACGCUUCCCUGACUUCUCCUACAUCACCCAGAGCGGCCGCCUGACCGACUUCCUGGACUGUGUGAUCAUCAGCCACUUCCACCUGGACCAUUGCGGGGCACUCCCCUACUUCAGCGAGAUGGUGGGCUACGACGGGCCCAUCUACAUGACCCACCCCACCCAGGCCAUCUGUCCCAUCUUGCUGGAGGACUACCGCAAGAUCGCCGUGGACAAGAAGGGCGAGGCCAACUUCUUCACCUCCCAGAUGAUCAAAGACUGCAUGAAGAAGGUGGUGGCUGUCCACCUCCACCAGACGGUCCAGGUAGACGAUGAACUGGAGAUCAAGGCCUACUAUGCAGGCCACGUGCUGGGGGCAGCCAUGUUCCAGAUUAAAGUGGGCUCAGAGUCUGUGGUCUACACGGGUGAUUAUAACAUGACCCCAGACCGACACUUGGGAGCUGCCUGGAUUGACAAGUGCCGCCCCAACCUGCUCAUCACGGAGUCCACGUACGCCACGACCAUCCGCGACUCGAAGCGCUGCCGGGAGCGAGACUUCCUGAAGAAAGUCCACGAGACCGUGGAGCGUGGUGGGAAGGUGCUGAUCCCCGUGUUUGCGCUGGGCCGCGCCCAGGAGCUCUGCAUCCUCCUGGAGACCUUCUGGGAGCGCAUGAACCUGAAGGUGCCCAUCUACUUCUCCACGGGGCUGACUGAGAAGGCCAACCACUACUACAAGCUGUUCAUCCCCUGGACCAACCAGAAGAUCCGCAAGACUUUCGUGCAGAGAAACAUGUUUGAGUUCAAGCACAUCAAGGCCUUUGACCGGGCUUUUGCUGAUAACCCAGGGCCAAUGGUUGUAUUUGCCACGCCGGGGAUGCUGCACGCCGGGCAGUCCCUGCAGAUCUUCCGGAAAUGGGCUGGAAAUGAAAAGAACAUGGUCAUCAUGCCCGGCUACUGCGUGCAGGGCACUGUGGGCCACAAGAUCCUCAGCGGGCAGCGGAAGCUGGAGAUGGAGGGGCGGCAGGUGCUGGAGGUCAAGAUGCAGGUGGAGUACAUGUCAUUCAGCGCACACGCGGACGCCAAGGGCAUCAUGCAGCUGGUGGGCCAGGCGGAGCCGGAGAGCGUGCUGCUGGUGCAUGGCGAGGCCAAGAAGAUGGAGUUUCUGAAGCAGAAGAUCGAGCAGGAGCUCCGGGUCAGCUGCUCCAUGCCGGCCAAUGGCGAGACGGUGACACUGCCCACAAGCCCCAGCAUCCCCGUAGGCAUCUCGCUGGGGCUGCUGAAGCGGGAGAUGGCGCAGGGGCUGGUCCCUGAGGCCAAGAAGCCCCGGCUCCUGCACGGCGCCCUGAUCAUGAAGGACAGCAACUUCCGGCUGGUAUCCUCAGAGCAAGCCCUCAAAGAGCUGGGUCUGGCCGAGCACCAGCUGCGCUUCACCUGCCGCGUGCACCUGCACGACACGCGCAAGGAGCAGGAGAUGGCGUUGCGCGUCUACAGCCACCUUAAGAGUGUCCUGAAGGACCACUGUGUGCAGCACCUCCCGGACGGCUCUGUGACUGUGGAGUCCAUCCUCAUCCAGGCCGCCGCCCCUUCUGAGGACCCGGGCACCAAGGUGCUGCUGGUCUCCUGGACCUACCAGGACGAGGAGCUGGGGAGCUUCCUCACAUCUCUGCUGAAGAAGGGCCUCCCCCAGGCCCCCAGCUGAGGCCGGCAACUCACCCAGCCACCACCUCUGCCCUCUCCCAGCUGGACAGAGCCGGGCCUGCACUUCAGGACUGUGGGUGCCCUGAGAGUGAACAGACCCUGCAGGUCCCAUCCCUGGGGACAGAGACCAUGUGUCAUGUGCCCACUCAGGCAGCUGUUUCCAGCUAAAGAAAUAAACUGGCCUCCGGGCUGUCUUGCCUUUAUUCCUGCUCCUGGGCCCCCAAACGAUGGUUAGGGUAGGGAGUCCCAGACAGCAGUUUCCAGUAAAAGCUGAACAAAAGACUA